UGUAGAGAGUAAAAUCAUGGCUGCAAAUAGAAUUUCCCAUGUCGUUAUCCCUUUUUACGACCAGACAGAGUCUUCUGCUAAAAAAUGUCUGAUUACUGAAACCUCCCUCGCGACCCUUUUCUUGGAAUUUUAGGCAUGGAUUUCUUGAUUUCCUUCUUCCUAAUCUUUCCAUUUUUGGCGGCACCAUCUUCCUCAAGGCCGUCGACGCCGAGCACGUUGAGUGGAGGUUCAUCUCUUUCCGUGGAGUGUCCGAACGACACCUUGAUUUCCCCGAACGGUGUUUUCGCUGCUGGGUUUCACCCUGUCGGAGAUAACGCUUUUAGUUUGGCCAUAUGGUUCGCCAGAUCAUCAUCUGGUCCGACGGUGGUUUGGAUGGCCAACCGAGACCAGCCCGUCAAUGGUAAACGCUCAAAGCUUUCUCUACUGAAGCUCGGCAAUCUGGUCUUGACGGACGCCGGACAAAGCCCCAUCUGGUCCACCGCCACCGCCUCCGCCUCCGUGGUGCAGUUAACCCUUCACAACACCGGAAAUCUCGUUCUCACAACUUCGGAUAGUCACAUACUUUGGCAAAGCUUCGAUUCACCCACAAACACUCUCCUUCCCAACCAACUGUUCACCAGAUUCACAAACCUCGUCUCCUCAAGAAGCCAAACCAACCAUUCAUCCGGUUUUUAUAAGCUCUUCUUCGACAAUAAUAAUGUUCUCACCCUUCUCUACAACGGCCCUGAAGUGUCCAGCAUCUACUGGCCCGAUCCGUGGCUAAUGAUUUGGGACGCUGGAAGAACAACUUACAACAGCAGCAAAAUCGCAGUGCUUGAUUCUGCCGGCCACUUCAUAUCGUCCGAUAACUUGCAAUUCUCAUCGGCCGAUUUUGGUUUGGGGCCGCAAAGAAGAUUGACCCUUGACGUUGAUGGCAGCCUCCGAUUGUAUAGCUUAGAUUUCAGGACUGGAAAUUGGACUGUUACGUGGCAAAGCCAAUCGGAUCCUUGCCGGGUUCACGGGCUAUGCGGAUCCAACAGUAUUUGCAGCUACGCUUAUGAUUCUGCUAGAAGAUGCUCUUGCGUGCCAGGCUAUAAGAUGAAGAAUAUCAGCGACUGGUCUAAUGGAUGUGAACUAGAACACAGUUUUUCCGAAGAUGACGACCACAAGACGACCAUUUUCGCAUCGGUGAGUUAUACAGAGUUUUAUGGCUAUGAAUAUUCCGUCUUUCAGAACUCUACCUUAGAGGAUUGUAAGGUGAAAUGCUCUGAGUCAUCAAUAUGCGAAGGGUUCUUGUUCAAGUUUGAUGAAAGUAGUGGCUAUUACAACUGCUAUGCCAAGUCUCAGUUGCUUAAUGGGAAACAAUCCCCUAAUUUACGAGGAACACUCUAUGUCAAACUAAAUGUUUCUCGGGAAAGUGAUGUCUUGCCUUUAAGCAUGCCCGUUAAAGAGACCAAGUUGAAUUGCACGGGGAACAACAUAAGACGAUUGGAUAGAGUUUAUAGAACCAGAAGUGGGAACAAUUUCUUUAAGUUUUUGGUUUGGGUGGCGGCUGCAAUUGGACUCGUCGAGAUGCUUUGUUCGUUUUCGGUGGUUUCUUUCUUGUUCUGGAAGACCAGGAAGCAGCCUGAUCCAGCCAUGGAAGGCUAUUUUCUGGCCGCAACUGCAUUCAAGAAAUUCACAUACGCUGAAAUGAAGAAGGCAACGCGAGGGUUCAGCGAAGAAAUUGGAAGAGGCGGCCAUGGCGUCGUUUACAGAGGCGUAUUGCCCGAUCAUCGGGUCGCAGCCAUUAAGCGGCUGGACAAAUCGAACGAAGCAGAAGCCGAGUUUCUAGCCGAGAUAAACACCAUCGGAAGAUUAAACCACAUGAACCUGAUAGAGAUAUGGGGAUAUUGUUCCCAAGGAAAACACAGGAUUUUGGUAUCCGAGUUCAUGGAGCAUGGUUCCUUGGCAGAGAAUCUGCAAUCCAACACGCUUGAUUGGGAGAAGAGGUUCAACAUUGCAGUGGGAAUGGCAAAAGGGUUGGCUUAUCUACAUGAGGCGUGCUUGGAGUGGGUUUUACACUGCGAUGUGAAGCCCCAAAACAUACUGUUGGACACAAAUUAUGAGGCGAAAGUAGCCGAUUUCGGGCUGUCCAAACUGCUUUACAGGGGCGGAGGCUGCCGUUCAAUCAGCUUCUCCAAGAUAAGGGGAACAAGAGGCUACAUGGCGCCUGAAUGGGCUUUCAACCUGCCCAUCACCUCCAAAGUCGACGUCUACAGCUACGGAAUCGUUGUGUUGGAGAUGGUAACGGGAAGGAGCCCUGGAGGAGGAGCCUCCGUGAAUGGCAAUGAGGAAGGAGGAGGAAGCUUGGUGGAUUGGGUGAGGAAGAAGAUGCAGGAAGAAGCGAGUUGGAUUGAAGGGGUAGUGGACGCGGGUAAAAGUGGCGGGUACGAUGCGGCCAAGAUGGAAAAUCUCAUCAAAGUGGCUGUGCAAUGCGGGGAGGAAGAUAGAGACGCUAGGCCCACCAUGAGCAAGGUGCUGCAAAUGCUGUUGCACCCCCAAGAAGAGAUCCACCCCAAGAAGAGAUCCUCGACCAUGGACAAUAAGACGAUUAAUCUUGCCCCAUGGAGCAAGGUGCCGUAAAAGAUUUGAAGUUUGCAUUAAAUAUCGGAAUUUGAAUUAGUGCAAUUUAAAGUUUCACGUGAAAUAUCGGAAUUUGAAUUAGUGCGAUAACUGAAAGGGCAGAAUUAUUGUUGAAAACAAUAUUUAGUUGGAAGACAACAAUAAAGUUGAAGACAAGUCUUGCAUAAACUAGAUCGAAUGUCCAGUUCUAAUUGUAUAUAGAUUAUAUUCGCAUCUAAAUUUAUCCAAUGGUGCAUCAGUGGGAAAGGUCAUUCAUCCUUAAGGAUUAAUUGGAUGAAGUUCGGACACCCUAAGUGAAUAAAAAGAAAAGAAUAAUCUUUACUUUCAAAACUUGUUGUCUAUUUGAAUAAAUUUACAUAAAAUAUUAUUUUUUUUC